GCCUUCUCGUUCCUGGGACAACUGAACCUCCCGUCCAACCACGAUGCGGCCGUCAUCAGCCUAAACUUACUCAUCACUCACUCGUCGCAUCCGUCUCUAGGUCCCGCGCGCUCAAUUGGUCCAGCGCUGCUGUUCGUCAAGCUCCGACAACACCUCACUGCUCCCGUCCGAGCUCUUUUUGUCCAGCCCCACUUCUACCAAUACACUUCGCGCACUGUCUCAAACACUUCCACCGUAAUCGCACGAGUCGCUUCUCUCAGAUUCCUUAAGGUGCAGGUUCAAGAGUGCUACUCGCAAUGGCCGACAUCGAAACCGACCCCCAGAUCUCAGAGGGCACGCCGAAUGUGGAUGUGGAUAUGGGCGAGGGAGAGGGAGGCGCGGGACAGGAGGAGACGGGCCUGCCGGAAAUCGAGCCGGAGAAGGAGAAGAGGGUUACGUUUUUGGACUUCCUCAAAUCCCCAAUUGUCGCAAUCGACAUCGGCACUGGCGAAGACCAAACGACUCUCCACGCGCAUCAGGAUAUGCUCAUCAAAUCACCAUACUUUGCUGAGAUAUGCGCGAACUUCAGCGAGGGCGAGACGGACCGCCGUAUCUCCCUUCCCCACGACAACCUUACCGCUACCGGCUCCGUCCUCGAAUACCUCUACAACGACGAAUACUUCCCGCGCCGCCUUUCCCCAGGCCACAAGUCCUCUGAAGUCGAAACCGACCCCUCGAUCCCCUUGCCCGACAACAACGGCGAAUCCCUCCUCCGCCACGCGCGUGUCUACACACUCGCUGACAAGUUCCGCCUCCCCGCGCUCAAGUCCCUCGCGCACUCUAAGAUCAGCAAGACGCAGAGCAACGCCAAGGGCGAGAUCGCGUACGCGCGCUUCGUGUACAAGGAGACCAGCGCCGAGGACAAGACGAUCAGGAAGCCAGUCGCGGCGUUCUGGGCGACGAGGAGCCAUGUGCUGAGGCACCAGGCCGAGGACGAGUUCAGGGCGAUGUGUCUCGAGUUCCCGCAGUUCGGGUUUGAUGUGCUCAGCUUGGUGCUGGACAAACAGGAGAAGACGGGAGCGCCAAGGGGGGAGGCGAGUGUCAAUGUGCCGGUGAGUGGGAGGAAGAGGGCGAGGGUUAGUCAAGGUUGAGGAGAUGGGGAUGUCUAGGAGGAUGAUCUAGUUUGAGGGGUUUGAGGGAAUCUCAUGCUUCGAUCUGAGGGAUAGGUAUUGCGGAUGCAAGCAAACAGCGUAAGGGGCUAUUUCCUUCUAUAUUCUGAGAUCCAAAAGUGUGGCUGUAUGCUGCUUUUUCCUACGUAUCUUCCGGUAUCUGAUUUGAUUCGGUUUAUGAGGUAUCUGGGGUCGGGGCGUCGGUGUAGUGUGGGAUAUUGCUUGUACUAUACCUAGCUUUUGAUUAUAUCUGAUCUGUGAAAAGGACUGGGAUGGUCGUCUCGGCGCAUUUCACAUUUUCUCCCAG